AAUAUCUGGCAAACAAGGAUUUAUCAAAAGUCAAAGGAAAUAUUGAAUUAAAUAAUGACGAGAGUAAAUCAUCAUUAAAAAAGCAAUGGCAUUCAAAGGGAGCGCUUGAUUUUUGGAAAGUCAACAGCCUGUUGAAACAAGGCGCUACCGACGCUGGCCAAACCAUAGUCAACAUCAACGCCUUGACACGAUUCAAGGGCAAGAAAAUAAGGCCUUUUAAGUCUUCAAACUUCAUCAACAGGACCAUGCAUCAGUAUUUACGUCCAUCAUCAUCAUUUAUUCCAAUUAAGAAUUUCGACAAAGGAACAAAAUUUCCAGGCAAAGUAACUUCCGAAUUUAAAUCUCCAUUGAACGACAACAUGGCUGCUGGUAAAUCAAAUAUUUCAGUUGUAUUACCAAAAAUUUUUGAAGAUUCGUCAUUUAAAUCCGAAGAAGCAAACGUCGCCACUCACAACCACUCGCUGUCGGACAGACUACCACUCGACAGACGAGUGCCAGACACCAGACCACAAGCGUGCCGCGAUAUUCCGGAUUCCGCAAUCCCGGACGGGGUUCGGGUGAGCGUCGUGAUCGCGCACCGCAACGAACGGCGGGCGACCCUCCUGCGCACCGUUGCGUCAGUGAUGCGCCAGACGCCGGCGCGGCUGUUGCAUAGUGUUGUGCUCGUCGACGACGCGUCUGAUACACCUUUCCAGCCCACUGAUGAGACGCCAAUACCGCGUUUGCUGCAGCUCAGGAACGAGCAGAAAAUCGGCGUGACAGCCUCGCGCGCUCGAGGCGCUGCGGCAGGCAGCGGCAGCUCACACAUCGUGUUCCUUGACAGUCUUUGUCCAAAUAACGAUGCAUAUUCACCCUUAUGGGAGUCGUCUUGA